AAACUGGAAUAAAACGCAUGUACAAGUGUGUAUAAUAACAUAUUAUGGCGUUAAUUGCUUCGCGGAAAUAUGAAUUAAGCGAUUUUUCGAUUCGACGAAACCCAAUUGCGGCAAAUCCUUAUCUAUAGAAUACUAUGGUGAUAGAGUCAAUAGGUAUGUAGCUCAUUCACGGAACUGUACUUGCAAACACACAAAAAAAAAACAGAAUGAUUGAGUGAUGAAUAAUAAGGCAAGUAUAAUGAUAAGAUUGACAAGUCAUCAUUCGAAUGUACUGGUUCUAAUACGUAUAAUGAGUAUUGGUAGUAAUGCAAAAUGCGAUGGGAAUUUCUCGAUAAUGGUUUCGAAAUAGGUGUGCGAUUGUGCGAUGCGCGGCGCCAUAUGUCAUGGAUGCGGCCCGUGGAGACUGGAGAUGUGAGAAGAGAGAACUUGUUCCCUCCUGGUGCCGCGCUGAAAUUCUCGGUAGUUGCGAGGUACCCUUCGCGCCAGCAUCUGCCGGUUUCUCGUCUCUUCGUACGCUGCUGCUCUCCAACUGCCGGUGGUGACGUGUUGCGCGCGCGGUUGUGUGUGCACACAUUAUGUUUUAAAUUUCUUGUAAUCAUGUCUACGCCGGCAAAACGUAAGUCCCUCAUCGAUUCGGGGACUUCUCAGGAUUCAUCAACGAGUAACAAAAGUGCACAAUCCUCUGCAAAAGCAUCAAAAAAACCUACGAAAACUUCCAAACUUGAUCCGGUCUAUUCUGUGACUGACAUGGGCGCAAUCAAAGUCUCGCGUCCUAAAAGAACCCUUUCGAAAGAGCCCAAGCCUAAAAGUAAAGCAAAACGUGCUAAACUAGAUCCUUCCGUUGCUCCGGUUCCUGAAAAUGACGCUUCCAUUCUGCAAUCCAGCGAUCAAGAAGGUGACGUAAGUUCUCAGGUAGAGAAUGAGGGCGAAACUGGCGAUACGCAAGCGGAGAUCUCUGAGAACCUGAUUUUUAAAGAAAGUUCUAUCGCAAUACCGGGGGACAAUGCGCGUUUUAGCGGAUUUGGGGGUCAAAAUAUAAUCGCGACGGCUUUCGAUGAAAUUGCGCUUGAGGGUUUGGACGGGAUCACAUUAGAAGCUCUCUGGUUACGCCUAGCAAUAAGUUUAUCUAUCGUGAAACCCCUCGGUCGUCAUCUGAUGGAGUUUGUGUGGAACAAUGUGAAAGCGAUGAAUCAAAUACAAGCUUAUAAAUUAAACAAUCCUCGUGCCAAGCUGAAAUUUUCCCCUGGAGAUGAAGGUGAUGAUCCUUAUCCGUACAAGCCAAUAAAUAAUGUUCUCACUAAUGAGAUCGGUUCAUGUUCCACCUACGAUGAGCGGCAAUCAAUUGAGGUUCAAGAGUUUAGUUUAAAGGAUGCGGAAGUUUUGGGCAACUGUUUAGUGUUGGUAGCUUCCCAAACACUUCGUAUCAUCACUCUGAUAAGUCCUUUUGUGGACCCGCGAUUAUUAGACAUUGAAGGCAUGUUGACUCCUCACCAGUAUUAUAUUCUGGAAAGGAUAGCUAGAGGUAGGCGUCAAGGAGUAACCACCACCGGACCCGAAUCUCUCUCCGAGGUGGUGAGUGACCCGAAAACACUGUUUUACUACAGAAAUCUUCUCCAAAUAAUGCGGUUAGUCGAUAAGCAGAAUUAUAAUCAGCGGACUGAGAAAAAUAAUACACAAACGAGUGGUUUGAUUCAUCUCCGACGGUUUUAUACUGAAGUGAAGUCCCAGCGUCAACGGAUUACAGAAUUCAUAGUCAAGAUGAUUCAAGACAAGCCGGAAUGUCGAAUGGAGUACAUGGAACUACGGCAUCUACUCGGAGCAACUACCUGGGACAAAUAUCAAAUAUCGAAGAUCAUCAAAACUCCCGAAUUUCGGCAGUACGUAAAAACUGAUGUGACAGUGCCUUAUCGGAUAAUGUAUCCCAACGCAAACAACGCCGAGUGGCGGAAGAAGAAGGAGAAGGAACGAGAAAAACUUCUACGUGUGUUUGAACUGCGCAAUCCGAACCUAAACAUUCAAUCAAUGUUCAAAGGUGAUAAACAGGAUGAAGAAAUAAAGGAUGCUUGUGAUACAGAGCAGGCCAGUGUUGCCCCUUUGGGAAUUAUGAGCAGGCAGAGGGUAUAUCAGGUGAUUCGGCAAGCUGGCCCCGAGGGUAUCACCCUGCGGGCGCUCAGCGUUCUUGCGAAUGUUGAUCACUACACAGCUAGAAAUAUGUGUAAAAAUUUGAUGACCGCACGUCUAAUAAACCAUAGCAUGAGGGAUUCCAAACGCCAACAUUAUUUAGUCUACUAUUCGACGGAAUAUGAUAAGAAAGAUAAUGAUGUUACAUCUGAAGAAAUCAAUGAUGAAGAAAUGAAAGUCGAUGAUGAAACUUACGAUUUUAUUUCGGAUGUUCUCAAGAUAGAACCAAGCAUUCUAAAGGAAACCUCUGAUUACACUUCGGAACAGGAGACAAUAGAGCCCAGCUCUAAUAACUACACAAUUAUAGAGACUCUGCGACGUGCCAAAGAUAACGACAACUUAAAUACGUACUUCGCGAAUCAACAUUCCUUUGAAGUCGAGAAUUUACGGCCUUUGAGAGCGUCUAAGGAUCGCUCGAUUGUAAAGAAAGAUAACAUCUUUAGCUUCCUGGAAUGCACGAAGAAUGUGGGAGUAUUAAAUACUGGCUCGUCCUUUGUGCCCAAUUGUCUGUUUAACAUUGCAUCUACAAAUAGUGAUAGAUAUGUAAAGGAUCGGUGUAAUAUAAUUGUGCGGCAUUCAAAGCGAAAGCUUAAAACUUUUGAACCUUUUAAACUCCUGCUCGACUCGGAAUUCACUCCAAAGCCGAUUGAUGCCUAUAUUGCUGACGAGAUCGACAUUUCCGAGCCUUUAUCAUCCUCGGAUGAUGAACGCUUUGAGGAAUUAGAUACAUUGGAGUCUGUGGCUAGUGGAAUGCAUGCCACGCAUACGUCUACAAGGGAGCAAGUUCCGGAAUCGGUGAAGACUGCGAUCAUAGAGCACUUUGAGCUGGAGAAUGCGCAGCUUCGUGACAGGUUCAACGCACAAAGUAUUCCGCUCGCUGAUGCAAUUGAUUCCACCCCCGCGUCCUCAGUUGAGGAAAGCAUGACCCCGGAGAAUUUCUUCAAUGUGGAUAUGGAAAUGUUCAUGGGUCCCAAGCCGCGUAUUCUGAGCCAUACGAAAGAUAAUCAAGACAUUGAAACAAUGCUUGUAUUGUCGACAUCCCCGGAGCAUUUCACAUCAUGGAGGACGUUGAUUAGUAAUUCAGUGCGUCUACAAAGCCGCGUUAAAUUAAUCAAAGAAACAAUUUACAACCAGAAGACGGUUAUUGAUCUAAUUAAAAUGUAUUCGAUUGUGAAUCAAAGCGAGCAGGCCGAAGGGUAUAAUGCCAGAGUGGAUCGAAAGAGCUUGCAGCGAAUUUUCACCAUUCUUGUUCGCGGAGGUGACUUUGUCAUUAUUAAAAUUAUUCUUAAAUUACACAAUUGUAUACGCACAAAGAACGUCAUCACUGAUCCGAAAGCCGAUGCAGAAACUUUAAUACAAAGUAUUGUAGAUCAAUUUAAAAACAGUUUUCUGAUGUAUGCUAAACGGAAACUGUUUGAAGAAGAAGAUCAUGGACCAGUUGUUCCGCGACGUUUUAAAUACAACCGAUUCAUUGGCAGGACCUAUGGAUCGAGUCCAAAGGUGACGAAAAUGCGUAUCAUGCACGAGUUUUUGUUUUAUGUCAUGCGUGGUUAUACGGGAUCAGCACUCUCACGCGAAGAAGCCCGCAAUGUACUCCUCAACCACUGUGAGAUGGAAAGCAUUGACAGUGUGAUGAAGGAAGCUACUACGUUGUAUCAACGCGAAGCAACUUGGCGUAUGUUUGUGCCGCCUCUGCCUAAACAUAAGAAUUGGCCUGAUGGUUGGGCAUUGAUCUCGGAUAUUUUUCUGCGUCUGCCUGUUUCACUCUUUGUGCGGAUGUACAAUGUGACAUACGUAAUUCCCGAGCUGCCCAGCUAUCUGAAUCAUCCAGUGCGGAAACACUUCAUCGUGAAAAACCUGCCGGUAAGCAUGCAGGACGCGUUGCUUGGAUAUCGGAAGUAUAUUUUUUCUCUGCACGAAAUUAUCUGCUACUUGGCUUAUAUGGGUCUGGUACAAUUUGGACCACAGAAAAUGCGCGAAAAGGACCAGGUUUUCAUUUAUCUCAAUACAAAGGCGGUGAUAUAUGAUACCACUUCUAGUGAGCAUGGGUAUCACCAUAUUACCCAAAAAGAAUACCCUCGGAUGGAGUAUACGCUGUCGGAUGCAACAGCUGUUGAAAAGUAUUGGUCUGAUAUGUAUUAUUUUGCUAUCAAUACCAAACUGGGAAGUCGUGGGUCAGUCAUCGGUCAGAGUAUCAAGUUGGAGUACGUGCAUGCGAAACCGCUCUUGGUAGCUACCUUAAAGCCACAGACAAUCGAAAGUGCCGCAAGGAAUGAUAUUGGGUACCUUCCUGGUGAUGGUCUUGGGGCAUGUUGUUCCGAUAGUGCUAUUUGGCUCUAUGUACAAAAGAACUGGUACUGGUAUUCGCGAACUCCCCAAAACAACUCUAGUAGUCUACAUCACACCACUGGUUUGCGACGAAAACAUUUGGAGGAACUCAGACCCAUCAGGUCUCAUGAUGUGCAACACAUUCGAAGGAUCCGGAAACUCAAGGUUUGCAACUCACGAGAGGCGGAAAGCAUAGUCACACGUGUCCGGAAAAGCAAGGCCAAGAGGCAAGCACGUUGUUAUAAAAAGAGCGUAGUUCUACGAAAAGUUCAUCCGCGCAAGGUUGUCAAGAAGAAGCGUAUUCGCGUGGAUAUGAUCGAUAAGAAUAUUUUAGAGAAAAUGGGAAAAUGUCGAGCGAUUUUCAACGCUGAGGAGGAUAAACUUGUCCUUGUGUGCUUGGCCUGCACGGAAUAUCUGACCGCAUUUAACAAAAAACGUUCUGUGGGAACUACAGCGAUACGGGAUUUUAUCCAUCGGGUUUUGCCUUUGGAGAAUAAGAAAACUUCACUGGCGUAUAGACGGAGGUUAAUACAGCUGCGGAAACGGAACACUUUUAACGAUCAGAAGGAUGGGUCGAAUGUUCAAAUACAAGCUGAUUUCUACAUGGAGAAACAUUUUGGGAAACUUCGUAAUGAUCUCAAACGAACCUCAACUAAUAUUAUAACUGAUUCGCAGUUGAAUAUUGCUUUUACCUAUUUGGCGCUGUAUGCCUGGAAGCGUUAUAAAUUAAAUCAGAAUCGAGAACAACCGGAAGUGAAUGAAGUGGUUUUUAAGGAUUAUCUUCAACCUGGAAUGAUUGAUAGAUUUGAUUCACAUAUGACAAACGAAGAUAACUUCUGUAAGGAUCCUACAGAUGAAGAAAGUGUCAACUUGGAUACGAUCCAGUCUGUUAUCCAUUGUUCCCUUGGUGGUAACGCCACCAAUGAUCAACAGUGGCCGUUUCAACUGCUCAAAGUUUACCAAACAUUUACAGAGGACUUGUUACGUACUGCAUUGGUAAACAUGCGGGAUUAUCAAAUUAUUUCCGGGAAGAAAAUGAAGAAUGGUUGUGAAGGUACUAUUCUAAUGAGUGGUAUCACUUACAAUCUGUCUUUCAAUUACACCUUCAAACAGAUCACACAGUUUCCGCAUUGUAUUUUUACUGAGGCGCAUGAACUCUUCAUGACUAUGAUGAGACGCUUUGAGCAUUUCAAGACCAAGGGUCUGUCUUUUGAGAGAUUUGAACAUGGUCAUGGUUUGUGUAUUGGCGAGUUCCAAGCAGCUCGAAGAAUCAAUUGGGUAUUUGAUUUGCCGGAUGAUAUUAUCACAUUGAAUCCGAAUAUGAGUGACUUCAGUGAGCUUAUCAAAGAGUUGACACAGCGUUACACCGAGCUGAUGAAGAAGUCCCAGGAGACUGAAGAUGGAACCUAUGAUCCAGAUACUAUCAAGCAACUGGAGACCACUUUACGUAGCUAUAUGCAAGAUGAAAGUGGUAAGAAGGAAACUGAAGAAGCAAUGGAAACUGAGGAAACCACACCUGAUGAAAUUCCAACUGAAAUAGUACCUAUAGUAGCAAAUAAGGAAGAAAGUUCUUCUGCUGUUGGUGUUGUAGAUACCACUGAUGCUAUUCCUGCAGAUGUCCCAGUUUCUGCAUCUGAGGAUAACGUUGUGGAGUCACAGGAAGACUCGGAAGAACGAGCAAUCAAAACAACAAAAAUUGCCGAUUUCGGAAACUACGGCAAAGCUGAUCGGCGCCACAAAAGCUGGCGCAUUUCCGACAUGGCGUUCAUGCUCACGAAGGGUCUGUUCCCCGAACUCGACGACGACGAGCGCCUCGAGAAGCUAAACGAGCACUUCAUCGUGCGUUAUCCGACCUGCCGCAUUCGUUUCAACGAACUGCAGACCAGAGACGAUGCGGUCUUCAAAAAUUGGCACGAGGACAUCUCGAAUGCCAGUGACGGAAUUCUCCGAAAAGUACUCAACGAUGCGUUAAUUCGCAACAUUCAAAUGGAUCAAAGUGAAUUGCACUUAGAACCUGAAGCCGAGGAACUCGCCAAUUACAUUUACACGAAAAACGUCUUGGGGGCAUCUUCCACUGACAUAAAAAGGAAAUUUCCCGGAAUUGACGUUAGGCAUCUACAGCAUGUGAUUGAAACUGGUUUAGUGUUACGUGUGGGUGUCUGUAAUCACUUCUUCGUGCAUCAUAACUUUCGCCAUAGUUGGAGUAUUUAUUUGCAUAGCGAGAAUCCACAAAGUGACAAUAUUUACGGAGGGUAUCGUCUAAGGAUCAGUCCGUGGAUUCGUAUUGACGGCACCGUGGACGAUAAAAUUCUAGAGAAAUGGAUGUCGAUCAUUCUGUCCCACUGCCUGAGCUAUCCGUGUAUCACUUUCAAUCGCCUCUGCACUCGCUUCAACAUCAUAAAACCCGUCGACAUUUAUUAUCUUGUGGAGAUUCUUCAAACGCUGAAAUGCUUGCAAAUUUGGAGUUAUGUGCGCGACGGCGAGGACCAAGACAUCUUCGGCGAUUUCGGCAUCCUGCCGCAAGUUCCCAGUAGCAUGCUCGACGACUUCGACGACGUGUUCGUGGAAACCGAAUCGUCGGUGAUCACCAAGUUCGGCGCCUUCCUAAAUCGGCACAAGACCGACUUUGCAUACCCGUUCGAGGAAGAAGAAUAAUUACGAUGCACACCGCAGACGCGUUGCCGAUCGACCCCGCCCUCAAGUACUAUCAAGCUGUAUGUUAAGUUAUUACCAUUAAAAUUUCACGCUCGCACGUUUGCGGCGUGUCGCAAACAAUUUUCGCAUUACAUGGAAAUGAAAAUGAAUACGAUUCGCGCGCCGGUACGCACACUGACGUGACGAAUCGCCGGAGACACACAUUCUGCCUCGCGUUUACUACGAACUUAACGGUUCAGCACAGAACACACAUAUACCCACACAAUGCACACCACGACUGAUGACCUCAUUGUGUGCAACCGCAAUUGAAAUUUACUCGGAACCUGCGAAGUUGCGACACGUUGUUGAAUCUUGCGUAUUUCCCAAUAUUUAUACAUUCAUUUUGAUACCAUUUGUGGAACCGUAGAAAAGCUGAAAGCCGGGAUGAGUCGGCUUAAGUUUUCGGUUGACUUUGAAAUAAAUAAAUGCCAGAAAAGAAAGAAGUUUCUUUUCUGACGUAUGUACGUGAA